AUGUCUACCAGCGACCCCCUCCGCGAUCCUCACGCUCGCCCUCACCAUGUCACCAAAGCUUCAUAUUCCGACCGAGCAACGGACGCCGCCCACCCCCUCUCCGCCUACCUCCUCCGGCUCAUGACCCUCAAGAAGUCGAAUUUGUGCUUGAGCGCGGAUGUGUCGACGACAAACCAGCUGCUGUAUUUAGCAAAUGCCGUGGGCCCCUCGAUCGUGGUCCUCAAAACCCACUACGACCUGAUUAGCAACUGGGACUACAAUCCCACCACGGGCACUGGGGCGCGCCUCGCAAGACUCGCCCGGCGCCAUGGCUUCCUCGUCUUCGAGGACCGCAAGUUCGGCGACAUAGGCAACACGGUGCAGCUACAAUACACAGAAGGCACAGCCAAGAUCAUCGAAUGGUCACACAUCACAAAUGUGAAUAUGGUACCUGGAAAAGCAGCGGUGGACGCUCUAGCUGAAGCCGCUAUGAAAUGGCGCGAGCGCAAACGGUACCAGGUGAAGACGGACAUAUCGGUCGGUACGCCGCGCUCAGGGAGCGUGAACUCGGAUGAUGAGGAGGAGGAUGAUACCGUGACGCCCAUGCCUGAAACUAAUGGCCUAGAUGUUGGCCAGUCCUCAAAUUACGGACGGAAAGCGAGCAUUGUAUCCAUUACUACCGUAUCCCAACACUUUGAGCCCAUAAACUCGCCACGAUUAAGCGAGGACCUGGAAGAGGAAUCCUUCCUAGGGAUCGAGGAGGCGCCUAUGGAGAGAGGUCUCCUGAUACUGGCGCAGAUGUCAAGUAAGGGCAAUUUCAUGAACAGGGAAUAUACGGAUGCGUGUGUGGAGAGCGCGAGGGAACACAAGGACUUUGUUAUGGGGUUUGUGGCACAGGAGUCGUUGAAUACACAGUCGGAUGAUCAGUUUAUCAACAUGACGCCGGGGUGCCAAUUACCACCUGAGCAGGAGGACGAGGAUGCGGAGAUUCAGGGCGAUGGGAAGGGCCAACAAUACAACACCCCACAGAAAAUCAUCGGUCUGAAAGGAAACGAUAUUGUUAUUGUAGGCAGGGGAAUUAUCAAAUCUGAAGAUCCUGUACGGGAAGCAGAGAGAUACAGAAAGAAAGCAUGGGAGGCAUACGAAGAGAGGAUCGCUUCUUCCUAA